GCUUUACAGUGCCGGGAGAUGUCGGCGGCGGGCCGGGCGGAACCCCUGGGUCGGCCCGGCAGCUUUGCGAAGCGGGUCCUGGUGACCGGGGGCGCUGGUUUCAUUGCGUCACAUGUCAUCCUCUCCUUAGUAGAAGAUUAUCCAAAUUAUAUGAUCAUAAAUCUGGACAAGCUGGAUUACUGUGCAAGCUUGAAAAAUCUUGAAACCAUUUCUCACAAACUGAACUACAAAUUUAUACAGGGUGACAUAUGUGAUUCUCACUUUGUGAAACGGCUUUUUGACAAAGAGAAAAUAGACAUAGUACUGCAUUUUGCUGCACAAACACAUGUAGAUCUUUCGUUUGUGCGCGCUUUUGAGUUCACGUAUGUUAAUGUCUAUGGCACUCACGUGCUGGUCAGUGCUGCUCAUGAAGCCGGAGUGGAAAAAUUUAUUUAUGUCAGCACAGAUGAGGUGUAUGGUGGGAGCCUUGACAAGGAAUUCGAUGAGUCCUCUCCCAAGCAACCCACAAACCCGUAUGCAUCAUCCAAAGCGGCUGCCGAGUGCUUUCUGCAGUCCUACUGGGAACGCUACAAGUUUCCAGUUGUCAUCACAAGAAGCAGUAACGUUUAUGGACCACAUCAGUAUCCAGAGAAGGUUAUUCCAAAAUUCAUAUCUCUACUUCAGCACAACAGGAAAUGCUGCAUUCAUGGAUCAGGGCUUCAAAGAAGAAAUUUUCUUUAUGCUGCUGAUGUAGUAGAAGCAUUUCUCACUGUCCUCCAAAAGGGAAAACCGGGAGAAAUUUACAACAUUGGAACUAAUUUUGAAAUGUCAGUCGUCCAGCUUGCCAAAGAACUAAUACAACUGAUCAAAGAGACCAAUUCAGACUCUGAAACGGAAAAUUGGGUUGAUUAUGUUAAUGAUAGACCUACCAAUGACAUGAGAUAUCCGAUGAAGUCAGAAAAAAUACAUGGUUUAGGAUGGAGACCUAAAGUGCCUUGGGAAGAAGGAAUAAAGAAAACAAUUGAGUGGUACAGAGAAAAUUUUCAUAACUGGAAGAAUGCAGAAAAGGCAUUAGAACCUUUUCCAGUACAGGCGUCGUUUAUAUAAUCAGGGCAGUUUCCAGACAAAGAAGGAAAUUAUCCUACCUCAAGAAAUGAUAGCAAACGGAGUGACCAAAAUGAAUUGUCCUUUCCAUGUGGAAUUAGAUGCCUGGCUUCCCGGGUGCAAAUCCAGUGCAGGACAUUCCAGUUCAGAAGAGUUUCAGCGUUGGCAAGGAUUUCAAUAUCAAAAUGUUUUUUCUGGAGUGUUCUUCCUCUGCAAAUGAA